CGGUUGAACCACUGUUUUGCCUGGACCUAAUUAUAUACGGAGUAUAUACGAAGUAUAAUCGAUUUGGGAGUCGGGAGGGUAAGGCUAUGGCAAGCGAGGGUUUUGACGAUGAUGAUUUAUGGCGCAACCCCGACUUCCUCGAAGCCAUUGAUGAGGCGCUUGAGCUUGCCACUACACAGCACAACCUCCUUCCUACUCAACCGCAGCCGGCGGCCGCUGCGUCGCAGUUCGUCGACAUCAAUUCUGCACUUCCGCUGAAGUUGCCUCAGUUAGCUAAUCAGGAUGCCGCAACCUGCACAUCCUCGGGUUCUAAUUGCAGUGUUCAAGAACAAGAAAUUGAUAGAUUGAAGGGAGAGCUUGACCGUGUUUCAGAGCUGCUUGCUCAUAAGGAACGGGAAUGCAUUAUGUUGAGAAAGGAAACCCACAAAAAGGAGAUCAAUGUUGUCCCUACUGAAAAGGUCAGUUCAUCCACCUACUCAACGGGUGAUAGUGAUUCUUCGUCCAUGAUUAAGAAAAAGUUGUUAGAUGCAUGGGGCUCAAUGACUGGCCAGAAUCUAGGGAGGAUUUUUGUUUCAAAGUUGUUCGAGACUUGCAAUGCUGAUUUCCUGGUCCUCUUUGGAUUCCUGGAUUCAAGUCUCCCCUCCAAUAUGAGAAUGGAAAGUUCCCUUUCUGGCUCUAGGGUUGCUAUGAAGGAAAACAUGCUGCCAGAUCAUUCCAGUGUAUCUGCAAAAGUAUCUCUUCUUUAUUCUGUGUUGACGAAGAUCAGCAAUGAGAUGACAAGAUUGGAUGAUUUACUAGAUGCAUUAGUUGAUCUUUGUCAGCUUAAAAAUGAUGUUGUAAUGUUCAGGGCUCUGCACAUACUGCAUGAAGUUUUAAGCUACAGUUCCUUUACAGAAAUGAAGGACGAUCGAAGGUCCAAUGUGAUUGUUGAGGAAACAGAUCAAGACGGAUCUUCUAGAAGAGGAACCCUUUCCAAAGAGACAUUAGAACAUACCCAUGCUACUUGUGGAGUUCGGUUGAAUAAUAGUGAUAAAGCUCCUAGGGCGGGACCCUUCAACACUGUAACUUGCGUAUUCACUUCAUGUUACAACUAUCUCUCAUUGUUUGAACUGAUGUCCCAAAUUAUACUGACGCAUAGUUUAGAGCAUAUCAGAUGGGAAGCAGUUUGUAUUAUGAAUUUGAUUCUUGUAAGGGAGAAUACACCCUUGGAUAGGGAAAAGUUUGGAUCAAAUGAGGUGUUUCAAAGUGUUUCACAACUAUUGAAAAGGGAUGCUGGCUACCGUGUAAAUAAGCAAGCUGUGCGCCUCCUUUAUCUGUUACUGAAUUGCCCAAAAAUUAUGGCAUCAUUCUUCAACAAUUUCACGGGAGCGGAAUGCACAGGCACUGCUGAUGUAAAUCCAAAAACUAUUUCAGAUUCUCAAGUGACCUGUAACAUUUUUGAGGGAUUGGUUGAUUGCCUAUCUUGUAGUGGUAAAAGCGCCGAGGAAUUACAGGUUCAAAGGCAUUCAAUAAUUUUGUUAGCUUUCCUUGCUUCUUCUGGGAAGACUGGCAUUGAAAUCCUUCUAAAUCAUAGGCCGAAAAGGACUAAAUUUCUAACAAUAAUCUUGCAGAGCGUAAUAUCUGCUUUGGACCUAGAAGCACUAGACACUGCUACAUAUCCUGAAGAAUCUAAACAAAGAACCUUGAUGAUUAGAGAAGCACUUAUUCUUCUCAACCGAAUUGCUUCACAUCCCCAGUACGGUGUCUUGGUUCUCUUGGCAUUGACAAACCGCAGGGACAUAGCCAGGCUUACUGUUAACACAGCAAGCAGGUUAUCCCACAAGGGUAAGUGCUUGACGCAUUGUGACAGCAUAACACAACAGAUUAGGGAAUCAGAAAUUGUUGAAUUAGCUCGGGUUUUUCAGAAAAGAUUAUAUGCAUUUCUAGAGGGCAACACCUUGGGAAAGAAGCCCUCGUGAGAAUUUUUCUUGGUGAACAAGUGUACAGAGAGAUAGAGAGAGAGAGAGUAUCAGAUGACUAUUGACGGAGUUGAUACUUUCAAUUUGCUUCUUGUAUAACUAGUACUACACACGUGCAAUGCACGGUGAGUGAUUUAUCAGAAUAUUUUGUGUAUAUGUAGUUGGUAAAAGAAGUGGACUUUGUAGUACAACAAAAACAAUAGGAAGUUCAUUCUCCAAAGUAUUCAAGUCAUCAUAUAACAUGAUGUACUGCUAAGCUCGGUUAAUUUACCAUACCAGAUCAGACAAGACCAGCCAAUUUCAGUCCAAAAGAAAACAUCAUCAGUCAUCAGCUAUCAACAACUAGUUCAAUACAAUAUCACAAGUGUUAGCUGGCUAAAUAUUUUUUGUGGGGCUGGUUUUACUUCUAUCUCAUUAAUUAAAUGUAUGUUUUCUUUACUUUCUGGGGUUUUUAAGUCCGGUUUUGUAAUAUUUGUCUUUAUUAAUAAAAUUUGGUAAAUGAUCUCAUAC